UUGGAGGGAGCUAGAGGCCCCAGAAGGAAAGGAGAUGAAGCCCCAGCCCUGAGAGAUGAGGACGGGAGGUCCCCGAAGAAGAGACGACGCCAGCCCCUGAAGGAAGAAGAAAGAAGGGGAAGACAGUUCCAGCCUCCGAAGAAAGAGGAAAAGAUGCAUCCAGCAGCCGCCCUCUGAGGAGGGAGAGAAGCCGAGGGACUCUGUCAUGGACUGGGCCUCGGGCCUGCCUCUGACGUUGCCUGACAGGAGCACCAAAGGCCCUGGGCCUGGUGCCUCAAAGAGCUGUUUGUUGUUGGGAUGACCCAGAAACUCACAGAGAGCUGUUAACUCUGGGUGUCUCUAUCACCGCCUCUGCAGGACCAGCAGUGCCCAUCACUACUGGCCGGUGCUGCCCUGCAUUCCUGGUGACCGGUGGCAACCAUCAGUGACACUAUGUGGGUGAGGAUACUUGCUUUGGGGAAAACCACCUGCAUUAUAAGAAGACCCACUAUCCUGAAGACACCAGCUGUGAGGGAGAUGGCAAUAAGCAACCACACAGAUCUAAGAGGAGAGAAAUGCUGGAGUAUUUUGAAAACAAUCGCCCUGGGUCAGAUGCUAUCCUUGUGUAUCUGUGGGACAGCCAUCACCAGCCAGUAUUUGGCAGAAAGAUACAAAGUGAACACGCCCAUGCUUCAGAGUUUUAUCAACUAUUGUUUGCUGUUUCUAGUUUACACAAUGAUGCUGGCCUUUCAAUCAGGCAGUGAUAACCUUUUAUACAUCUUGAAAAGAAAAUGGUGGAAGUACAUCCUGCUGGGAAUAGCAGACGUGGAAGCUAAUUACCUGAUAGUCAGAGCAUACCAGUACACGACUCUAACCAGUGUCCAGCUUCUGGACUGCUUUGGGAUUCCUGUACUGAUGGCUCUCUCGUGGUUUAUUCUUUAUGCAAGAUACAGAGUGAUCCACUUCAUCGCUGUGGCCGUCUGUCUGUUGGGUGUAGGGACAAUGGUUGGUGCAGAUAUAUUAGCAGGGAGGGAAGACAAUUCAGGGAGUGAUGUGCUGAUUGGGGAUGUCCUGGUCCUUCUUGGGGCUUCUCUCUAUGCAGUUUCUAAUGUGUGCGAAGAAUAUAUUGUGAAGAAGCUGAGCAGACAAGAGUUUUUAGGAAUGGUGGGCUUGUUUGGAACAAUUAUCAGCGGCAUACAGUUAUUGAUUGUGGAAUAUAAGGAUAUUGCCAACAUUCACUGGGACUGGAAAAUUGCCCUGCUGUUUGUGGCAUUUGCCCUCUGUAUGUUUUGCCUGUACACCUUCAUGCCACUCGUGAUUAAAGUCACUAGUGCCACUUCUGUUAACCUGGGCAUUCUGACAGCUGACCUCUACAGCCUUUUUUUUGGACUCUUUCUGUUUGGCUACAAGUUUUCAGGGCUCUACAUCCUGUCCUUCACGGUCAUCAUGCUGGGGUUUAUUCUGUACUGCUCCACCCCCACACGCACGGCAGAGCCGGCUGAGAGCAGCGUGCCAGCCGUCACCAGCAUUGGGAUCGACAACCUGGGACUAAAGCUGGAGGAGACCCUCCCGGACCCCCACUCUGCUGUUUUUUAGCUGGAAAAGAAGGUGCAUGUGCGUGUGCUGAGGCCGCCUGGGAAACUGGGAUGAAACAGAGCCUGCUGACUUUGGGAAGGGGGCUCUUGGAAAUGAUCAGACUUGGAGGGAAGGAUCUAUGGCUUUUGGACUGGAUCCAGUGGUUAGAUUUUACAAAGGAACACAAACUAACGUAUCGAAGUAGAAAUGCCAAAUGGACUAGAAGCCGAGACCAGGAUUGUGUGUGAGGACCAAUACCUGUCAGUGUCAGGAAGACCAGGUGUGGGCGCCACUGGAGGUCCCAGGGCUCUGUGGGGAAGCAAGGCCUGAGACAGGCCGUCCAGGCUGGCAGGGUGGCCCCGAGGAGGGGCUGUCCAGGGUGGUCUGGGGGCAGGUUUCCUCAGUUGGAGACUUCUGGGUUUUGCCCUGCUGAGAUGGUCAUUGUCCUCACGGCCUUUGGGCUGCACUUGAGAAAUCCUGAGCUGCCAUAGAGAGAUGAAACUUGAGUGCAGUAAAUGGAACCCUUUCCCAACGGUUAAAGGAAGAUACACUACUUCUUACCAGAUAUUUGCAAUGUGCCAUGAGAUUUUUAUGAUACGUCUUCAGUGCAUUGUGUUAAUAUAUAGCAUCAUUAUAUCAUGACCAACAUGCCACUUUCCAAAAACUCUCUAUAUAAACUUUUUUUUUUUUUUUGGUGAAAAGAAACAGAGUAAGUGUUCGUAUUAGAAAAAGAUGUUAAUUUCAUGGAAAUACAUUUACUGUGUUUUCUUUGAUUAACCAGUUUCCCCUAUGGAUUUUAUAUUGAUUUAAUAUAUUCAAGAUUUCUUCAUAUCCAACUUUUCAGAAUCGUGUCUUCUUUGAGGUGAGCAAACCUAUCUACUUGAGGCUAUGCUUGUGGAUGGAGGGCAGUUCAGAGGGAGCUCACAGAUCAUUUGCAGGGGUAAACAUUUUAAAUUCUGAAAUGCCAUAAGGUUUUUUUUUUAAACUUUUUUUUUUUAAGAUUUAUUUAUUUAUUUAAGAACCGGAGUACAGGCCAGAUGCGCGGGAGGGUGAGAGGAUUCACCAGAGACAGAGCAGGGAACAGAACAGGCAGUCUGACAAAAUACACUGCUGAGGGGAGCAGCGGGCGAGACAGGAAAGGUCUGCUGCACCAUGAGGGAUUCUCGCUGGCCGGCUGGGAUCAAACCCACGCUGCAGAGGAUGCGGACAGCUUCACAGCGUGGCACUCAACUGCCUGUGCCACCAGGGGAGGCCCUUAAACUUUUUUGAGUGAUAAAAGCUUUCGUUCUCUGCUACCACUUAAAAGAAUGUUUGGUUUUCACUCAGUACCAUUAUUAAGGACAGUCAGUGAAUGGAAAGAGGUUCAAAUGUUGGGCCUUUGGGGGAAGAUUGGGUUUGAUUAGCACAUUUAUUAUUUCUUAAAAUAUCUUGCUUAAGAAUAAGCCUGUAUAUGCAGGGAGAUAGUGAAGAAGACACUCUGGAGUGACAACAACCCACAUGUCUGGCAAGGCAGAGCUCAAAUAUCACCUCUUCUGUGAAGCCUUUCUCAGGCCAUCUAGAGGAGUUUCCCCUUCUUAGGGGGCCCUCAGGGCCUUGUUCAUGUCCUCCCUGGAGCACUUGCUGUUUAUUGCCCCGCCUCAUGACAGACUGAGCUUCUUCUAGGCUAACAGCAGUCUGUUUCUAGCCCUUUCCUUCUGUUACUUCUUGGGUGUUUAUUAAAUAGAAUUUGUUUUGAAUCUAGAAUUUGUUCAGAAUCUAGAAGGGGAGACUGACCUAAAGUAAGACCUUUUCUGCAGAUUCCUGUGGGUGUUUAGCCACCGUACCUUGCUCUAUUUUUCUACCCAGAUCCCUCAUCUGAGUGUUCCCCUGUUGGCAUCCCUUUGGAGAAAGGCAAAGAACCUCCAAUUGGGGAAUCCCAAGAUAAAGACUCAGAACUCACUGUUCCAAAGAAGCCAUGCAGUGAUUCAAUAACAGUACUUCAAGGCUGUGCAUCCUGGUUUAAUAGGUGUGCAGACUGGGAUUUUAACCAGCUUGAAUAAAUGCUCUUGAUGUAGAAUAAGUGUCUUCAAACAUUUGAUUUACACACAAGAUUUUUAAACACAACAUAUUCUUAAGUUGAGAACCUCCUGUAAAUCCUUUUUCAGUUUAUCACAACAAUAUUUAUUUUUUAAUGUUUUCUGGUAGCUAUUCAUGUCUUAAAAAAUUCCCACAGAAUAGUAUCACAGAGUUGCUGGGUUGUAGUAAACUGUGCACCUGGACUAUGGUGACUUUUUAAAGGGCUUUAUUGGUGCCAUUUUCACUAUUUGCAUUUGCAUUUUUGGGGUCAGAUAGUUGCCAUUUCCCAUCAGAGUAGCACAGAGAAACGCUAUGUAUUAUCAGCGGCCUUUCCAGUAGGUGGCGCUUUAAUAAUUAGAACAACCUAAAGACUUGUGACAUAAACACUUUCAUUUUAUAGACCUCCAUAAUGUCCUGUUAAUCAAAGUAUUUUGUUUUUUAAAAGGUU